AUGGCUGGCCUGGCCCCGUCACUCGGCCUCAGCCUAACGGCUCAAACUUCAACAUUUAAUCUUGCUACCUCCUUCUCACCCCCACCGUUCCCUACAGCUCCCUCAACUAUGGCGGGGUGGAUCGGAUGGGUGUUUACCUUUGUAUUCCAAACCGUCCCAAGCGUUCUCUACUCGGUAAUUGCAUUCUCGACAAUUACACUGCCAACAUGGCUCUUCACGCUCUUCUCCAUGAGCUUGACCUUCACCAUGAAUUUCACCACCAUAAUGUUAAUCUUCCUUGUCCUGGUAUCGACCGUCAGCUGGUUCAUCCGUUACCGGUACAUGAACAUGUACAGCCGCCUACCCCCAGAGCCUCAACGCAAAGAAGCCCAAGUCGAUUUGUUCCCCGAUAUCCAGGAAGGAGAUUCAAAACCAGGGCUUGCCAACUAUCUCGAUGAAUUCCUCAGUGCCAUCAAAGUCUUUGGCUACCUUGAACGGCCCGUCUUCCAUGAGCUGACCCGGACGAUGCAGACCAGAAAGCUGAUUGCGGGAGAGACGCUUAUGUUGGAGGAGGAGAAGGGCUUCUGUAUGGUUGUGGAUGGGCUGGUUCAGAUCUUCGUGAAAUCAGCACGCGACGGGAAGUCAGGCUCGCAAGAGAAUCUCCAAAUGGAUGACUACUCAGACGAGGAGGACCGAAACAUACACAACCAACAGGGCUAUCAGCUCCUCACCGAGGUUAAGAACGGUGCUUCGAUGUCCUCUCUGUUCUCUAUUCUCCAACUGUUUACUGAAGAUAUUGAGCUCCGCAACUCACGAAGUCACAGCUCCAGUAUAUCCAGUCCUAGUCUUGCCCAGACUUAUGUGCCUGAUACCUUCGCUGUCAGCCCCGGGUCUACCGUGAGAGAGGCCGGGAACUUGAGCACUACACCCAAUGGAUCUGGUGAUACAUUGCCCCCAGUGCCUCCGCUGAACAUUGGAGAGAGCCAUGCCAUGCCCCGACAGGACUCUGGCGAGAUUCCGCAGCCGGAGACCAAACAAAAGGCCCAUAAAAAGCGUCGCAAGUCGGUACACCCAGAUAUCGUGGCACGGGCUACAGUGGACACUACGAUUGCUAUCAUCCCAGCGAGCGCAUUCCGCCGUCUGACCAGAGUCUACCCACGGGCGACCUCGCAUAUUGUCCAGGUUAUCCUGACCCGUCUUCAGCGGGUCACGUUCGCUACAGCGCAUUCUUAUCUGGGUCUUACCAGCGAGGUUCUAGGCAUAGAACGGCAAAUGUCUAAAUACACCUCUUGGGACCUUCCGAAUAAUCUUCGCGGAACUGCUUUGGAUCGUCUGAAGGACAAAUUCAUGCGGGAGCGAGAUAGAUUGGGACCGGAGGAAAUUGGAAAAGGCAUUGCUCUUCACAAUCCUUCUGUCAGCCGCAGAGGACGCUCGAGCAGUACCCUCAGAAAAGAGGCCUUUUUACAAGCAAAGAUCGCCAGUGAGCGCCCUCUCGUACCCUUAAGCCCACAAAGGCCACCAUCGGCAUUCAUUGACAGGGACUCGGCAGGUGUCAGCCCCGGUGAUCUGCUAUCAACAAUACAACUGUCCCGGUUUGGACCGCGACAUGACCAUUUAGCACCUCGCAUCCAGACCCCUCUUACUGAGCGGGAGCAACCUCAAUUUGUAUCCGCUGCGGCAAUGAAUGGCCUGCCCUCAACUUUCCAGCGGAACGAGUCAGUUGACGAGGACGGUCUUUUCCGCGAGUCGAUCUUGGACUGUAUCAUGAAGGGCAUUGGUCUCACCGAAGGCACAAGCGAUAGUCUACGCAAGAGCAGUCACUCUGGGGAGGCGUCACCGAGACUUCUAUCCUACGAUAACCGCCGCCAGAAGGCAGUCUUCUCCAACGCCUUUGGCUUCAUGGAUCCCUACGAAGGGUCUGGUGACGGCGAGAGCGAAUCCAUGAUGUCCUCGAUGUCAGUGACUAGCGCAGGGGGAACUUCGCCUGUCGUAAACCUACGGGAAGACCUCCGCCAUGAUAUUGAAGUAGUCUACUUCCCACAAGGCUCGGUUCUGGUGGAACAGGGUGAGCGCCAUCCAGGCCUCUACUACGUCAUUGAUGGAUUCUUGGACGUGGGUAUUCCGGCGAAUGAACGCGAUGACACCCUUAUUGGGUCCUCUCAUGGAUCUGCCUCGCAAGCGCAAGAGGGACUGUUCCCGAAGCUGAGACGAACAACGACAGCAUCGUCACGCACCGCCUCUGGUGCAGCAGGCACCAAUGACCCUCGACGGAAGACCCAGUCCCGUAAAUCACUAUACCUGAUCAAACCUGGUGGAAUUCAAGGGUAUGUAGGUGCUCUCGCAUCGUAUCGCUCGUACACCGAUGUUGUGGCCAAGACGGAUGUUUACGUUGGAUUCCUUCCCCGUGCUUCCCUCGAGAGAAUCGCAGACAGACAUCCAGCUGCCCUGUUAACGCUGGCGAAGCGAUUGACCAGACUGCUGCCCCGUUUGCUGCUCCACAUUGAUUUCGCGCUAGAGUGGGUGCAGGUCAGCGCAGGACAGGUGAUUUAUCACCAAGGGGAUGAAAGCGAUGCUAUUUAUCUUGUUCUGAAUGGUCGUUUGAGAUCUGUCGUUGAGGGAUCAAACGGCAAGAUUACUGUCAUGGGCGAACAUGGGCAGGGUGAGAGUGUUGGCGAACUUGAGGUCAUGACUGAAUCUACAAGACCAUCUACCUUGCAUGCUAUCCGGGAAACGGAACUGGCCAAGUUUCCCCGGUCUCUCUUUAACAGUCUUGCCCAGGAACAUCCUGGAAUUACCAUUCAGGUCUCUAAACUCAUUGCCCAGCGAAUGCGUGAUUUGGUCGAGCAUCCGCUGUCUGAAAAGGGGAUUGAACAAGGACAGGCUGGCGGUGUUCAGACUGCAACCUCAACAGUCAAUCUUCGCACCGUGGCAAUUCUUCCCGUCAUGGCUGGUGUCCCGGUUGUGGAAUUUGGACAUAGGCUCUUGCAGGCGUUGCACCAAGUUGGUGUGACCAGAGGUGUCACAUCACUCAACCAAGCGACUAUUCUGAAUCACUUGGGUCGCCAUGCCUUCAGUAAAAUGGGCAAGCUUAAGCUUUCCCAAUACCUCGCCGACCUUGAGGAGAAAUUCGGAAUGGUCUUGUACAUCGCUGACACCAACGUGAAUGCCCCGUGGACUCAGACUUGCAUCGCGCAAGCUGACUCUAUUCUGUUGGUGGGUCUCGCAGAGUCUUCGCCUAGAAUUGGUGAAUAUGAGCGCUUCCUGUUGGGUAUGAAGACUACUGCUCGCAAAGAACUGGUUCUUUUGCAUGCGGAACGAUACUGUGCACCUGGACUCACUCGGGAAUGGCUCAAGAACCGGGUGUGGAUCAACGGCGGCCAUCACCAUAUUCAAAUGGCCUUCCGCUCGACCACCGACCCUGCGCACCAGCCAACCAAGAAGUUUGGUACUGUAUUGAAACAGCGCGUGCAAAUUCUCCAAGCCGAGAUCCAAAAGUAUACGUCCCGGCGUGCACAACAAACCCCACUCUAUUCCCCGCAAACCCCUUUCAAGGGUGAUUUCCAUCGGCUGGCUCGGCGUUUGUGCGGCAAGUCUGUGGGUCUUGUACUGGGAGGAGGUGGAGCGCGUGGAAUUUCGCACGUUGGUGUCAUUAAAGCGCUCGAGGAGGCCGGAAUCCCAAUUGAUAUCAUCGGUGGCACAUCAAUCGGUUCUUUCAUUGGAGCUUUGUACGCGCGUGAUGCUGAUGUUGUCCCCAUGUACGGGCGAGCCAAGAAGUUCUCCGGCCGCAUGGGAAGUAUGUGGCGGUUUGCAUUGGACCUGACCUAUCCCACUGUUUCCUACACCACGGGUCACGAGUUCAACCGCGGGAUCUUCAAGACCUUUGGAGACAGCCAAAUCGAAGAUUUCUGGCUGGAGUUCUACUGCAACACAACCAAUAUCAGCCGAUCCCGAAUUGAAUAUCACUCGUCUGGUUAUGUCUGGCGGUACGUUCGGGCCUCAAUGACGUUGGCCGGCCUGAUGCCUCCUAUCUGUGACGAAGGCAGCAUGCUCCUGGACGGUGGCUACAUCGACAAUCUCACUGUGGCACACAUGAAAAGUCUUGGAGCGGAUGUCAUCUUCGCAGUUGACGUUGGGUCUAUUGAUGACACCACCCCCCAGGGAUUCGGAGACUCAUUGUCAGGAUUCUGGUCAGUGUUCAACCGCUGGAACCCCUUCUCCUCACUCCCGAACCCACCUACACUUUCCGAAAUCCAAGCACGACUGGCCUAUGUCUCAUCGUUCGACAAUCUCGAGCGCGCAAAGAAUAUGACUGGCUGUCUAUACAUGCGUCCUCCUAUCGACCCAUAUGGAACCCUAGAGUUCGGCAAAUUCGAUGAGAUCUACCAAGUCGGCUACGCAUAUGGAAAGGAGUUCCUCGAGCGUUUGAAGGCCGAGGGCUCACUACCUAUCCCGGAGGAAACCGAGGAAAAGCGCAAGCUCCAGCGGACCAUGGCUCCUCGCCGAGCUAGUAUCUAA